CAACAGUGGCGAGAGUCGCCGCUCCUCUCCUUGCCUUGAUUUUGUUCCUUACAGUUCGGGUUGUCUAUUCGCAAGCCUCACUUAAAAAUCAACCCGUUUAAUGAAGUUAAAGAAAGUUUUUUUGUUUUUUGAUUCAAGCACCAAGCAACAGCAGACAAAAAUUGGACAAAAACACGAUCGAAGAGAAAUGAGUCAAAUAAAUAAAUAUUUGGCUCUGACCAACAUUGCAACCGGCUAUGCCAAGCGGAUGACCAGGCUUCGAAACCGAAUUUUCAAUGAGCCCGUGCGAGCCAUGGCCCCGAGGGACUCAAAGGUGAUCUCCCUUCUGUCAGAGCUGCCCAGGCAAAAAGAUCCCGAGUACACAAAUUACUACCCACGGCACGUUGAGACGUGGCAAUUUAUGAUGAAGCUUAGAGACUACGGCCUCUUCAGAGAUGAGCACCAGGACUUCAAAGAAGAAAUGGUCCGCUUGAGAAUCCUCCGAGGCAAGGUGAAGCCCAAGAAAGGUGAAGGAAAACGCUCUAAGAAGAAGUAAUUGACUCCUUUUGAUUCUAGUUAUCAUGUAUUCAUGAUAAAAAUAAAUUUGUUAUUAAUAACGAUAAAUCAAACUUCAU